AGAGUUGCUGACAGUUUGUGCAUUCAGAAAGCAGGUUCAGAGAUUAACAGUGGAAGAAAAAAGAUAGAUAUCAAAACACAGAGCGCAGACGAACCUCGGCAUGUGUCACAUUCACCACGGGGAUGUCAGGAAUUUCAUACUUUGCUUCCAAAACAGCUAGAGGACAGACUGAAGUGUGCAAGAGAGAGAGCAAGUGGACAGAGGAGUGAGAGCAUGGUGUUUUGAGCAGUGUGUAGAGGUUUUGUCCUGAAUGCUGUGGUAUGUUCUCACUAUUCUCUCCAGCUCGGGGAUGUAAAAUGUAAAUUCUCUGGUAGGUCACUAGAGACUUGUCCUGUGUCCCCUCUCCCUUUCACACUCUCCUGACCCUUGUGGAGUAGACAUGUGCGGAGGUCAUGCCUGCUGUUCCCAGGGGACGAGUGAUCUCAGGGGCACGUAAACGCCGAAGUGGGAUUAUGAGUUUGGGGAGAUUAACGGCCAUUUUACACCUGAUCUUCUGGGUGGAGAACAGCCACGCUGAUACAUCCACAUCAUGCUGGACAUCAGGAAACCGGAGCUGUGUGGAUCCCGAGCCGUAUUUGCUUGUUGGCUUCAGAAACGCUAUUGUCCUGACCGACUUGGACGGCAGUGGUCAAAAACGGCUCGUCUCUGGCGUGGGAAACGGCCUGGUGGACUUCCAUUACAGGGAAGGAAGGGUGUAUUGGGUCGACACACACACAGGAGUCCUGAGUCGGGUCAACUUGGAUGGGACACACGCUCAGAGACUUCUGUCACUGGGGAAAGGAAUCUCAGGCCUGGCUGUGGACUGGAGAGAAAACUCAUUGUACUGGAGCAGCAGGAAAACCGGGACGAUCCGGAGAGCGGAUACAGAUGGACGCAACGUGAAAACUGUCCUGAGAGACCUGACUCAGCCCAGCAGCGUGGUCACUGAUCCAAACACAGGAUAUGUGUUUUGGUUGUCAGCCAGCGUGUUGUCCAGUAUCCAGCGCUCAGAUCUGACCGGAGGUCUGAUCGCCACAGUGUUGAAAACCUCGGACAGAUUGUUGUGUUUGGUCAGUGAUGUGGUGGAGAGGAAGCUGUUCUGGAUUCUUCAUUACGAAGCGAAUGAGCUCGGCUCUCUCGGCUCCUGCGAUUAUAACGGCAACGGCGUUAACAUCAUCAACCAGAGAUUAAGCAGAACAAUGACUCCGAAGAUGUCCCUGUUCUUGGAUUACGUGUAUGUGACGGAUCCUGCGUCACAGAGUGUAAUGAGAGUAAAGAGGCACAUGGCAGAACCUCUCAAGGAAGUGAAGGCCAUAAAGAUGCAGAACGUUCCUGUUGAUGUUAAAGUCAUCCAUCCGACGAUUCAGCCUGAGGUGGAAAGCCCAGCUGCCUUCACUCCAGUGUGUGAGACAGAUGGGUGUGUGAAUGUGUGUUCCAGCUCUGAUGGUCACUGUCAGUGCAAACCUGGCUUCAAGCUCAGCAAACAUGGCAACUACUGUGAAGAUCUAAACGAGUGUGCUUUGUGGAAUCACGGCUGCUCUCUGGGGUGUGAGAACGUUCAAGGUUCUUAUUUCUGCACUUGUCCUGAAGGAUACGUUCUUCUGCCCGACCACAGAACCUGCAGAGAAAUGAAGCCAUGUGUGGAGAAUGGUACGCUGUGUGAACACGCCUGCACACACACACUAGAGGGCGAUGUGUGUGUGUGUCCAGUUGGAUCCUCCCUAAAGCCUGAUGGACGUUCCUGCACAGGGUGUGUGUCUGUGGACCGAGGUGGCUGUAGUCAGGUGUGUGUGACGUUGUCGCCUGGGAGGUGGGAGUGUAUGUGCCAACCUGGAUACCAACUACAGACAGAUGGCAAACAAUGCAAAGCCUCAGGUCCUCCAGCGCUGAUGCUGUUUGCUAACAUGGUGGAUGUGAGGAGUGUAAAUGUGGAUGGAUCAGACAGCAGGAGUCUGAUGAAUGAAUCGAAACGUUCCAUCAUGGCUGUGGACUAUGACCCUGUGCAGAACAGAGUGUAUUUUGCUGAUACAGAGCGUAAACAGAUUGAGGGCGUGUCUGUACAUGGAGGUGAGACAGAAGUGCUGAUCACUGACCUCGUCUCACCUGAGGGAAUCGCUGUGGACUGGACCAACCGCAGACUCUACUGGACUGACAGAGGGAUGUUCUCGGUAUCUCGUAGCCGACUAAGUGGUCAGGAGAGUACAGUGCUGAUUCAGGACAAACGUCUGCAGCCGAGAGACAUAGCAGUUCAUCCUCAAGCUCAGACGAUAUUCUGGACGGAUGUGGGUGUCCCUGUGGCAGUGUGGAGGGCGGGGCUGGAUGGAGAGGAUCGGAUGGUGCUGAUUGGUUCAGGACUCGUGUCUCCCUGCGGCAUCACCGUGGAUCACAACACACAUACACUGUACUGGAGCGACAUCGGAGCUGGACGCAUCGAGUCAGCGGGACUGGACGGCUCACACCGACACACACUCACACACAAGCAAGUAGGUCGCCCGUUUGACGUGGUGGUGUUUGAAGACACCCUGUGGUUCAGUAACUGGGAAGAUAAUCACAUUUAUCAUCUGGAUAAAAGAACAGGAAGUGAUGUGGAGCGGCUCAGUGUGGAUUCUGUCCAACCAGCUUCACUCGUUAUCGUGCAUCCUCUCAUUAAACCAGGGGCGGACCUUUGUCUCCAUGGAAACGGAGGGUGUUCCCAGCUGUGUGAAAGCAGACUCGGAUUGGCUCAUUGCUCCUGUCACUCACAGCACAUCCUAUCAGUUGAUGGCAAAACCUGUUUUCCCACAGAUACCUCUUCCUCGUUUUCAUCUUCAUCAUCUGCAGGAUCAGGUAAUGGAGAAUGGAGUGACCAAGUGAAGAAUAAAUCCCUAAAUGAUGAGAGUUCUCCUCUGUCUCAGUCUUCUGAACGAGAACCCUUCACUGAAAAGAUGGUGUCAGAUCAGGAUGAAUGUUUCUCUCUGAGAUGUGAUGUGAACGCGCAGUGUGUGCUGGAGGGCGGAGUUUCGGUGUGUCGCUGUCUGAGAGGCUUCACUGGAGACGGACAACUCUGUAUGGAUAUUGAUGAGUGUGUGACAGGUUUGGUGGCGUGUACCAGUCCUCAAUCGGAGUGUGUAAAUACACCAGGUGGAUAUUUCUGUCAGUGUGGAGUAGGGUUUAACAGAGAUGGACACCACUGCAUCGAUGUGGAUGAGUGCCGUUUGGAGCUGCACAGCUGUGAUGAGAAGGCUGUGUGUGUGAACUCUCUGGGUGGAUAUGAGUGCAGGUGUAGAGUUGGAUACACAGGAACAGGAUUCAGCUGCAGCGUGGAGCAUAGCUCCACCUCCAGGCCGAGCUCAGAGACUCCGCCCCAAGUGACCACGCCGUGGCAGCGUGGGGACAUGGUGGACAUCUGUCCAUCCACACACGACUCCUACUGUCUCAACAACGCUGUGUGUUUCUACUUUCCUGAGAUGGAGACAUUUGCCUGCAACUGUGUUCCAGGUUAUAUGGGAGAGCGUUGUCAGUACAGUGAUUUGGAGUGGUGGGAUCUGCAGCAAGUGGAAGAGGAGAAGAGGAGAAACACCACCAUCGCUGUGUGCAUCACUGUAGUGCUUCUGCUGCUGUUCAUCACAGCCACCAUCACCUACUGCUACAGAUACCACAGGUGUAGGAGGUGUACAGGAAGGCGAGCUGCAGUGGACAUGGUCAGUGAGACGAGUGUGUGUGAGGAGAGCGUCACAGAGUCGCCGUCCGUCAGUCCGCAGGUCUAUGUCUUGCUGGAGCACAUGGUGUGUAACAAUGAAAAGAUGAUCCCUAUAGUUGGAUCUCAGAGAAGAGGAGUGUGUCCAUGCUGCUCCCCAGAAACAGGUGAGAGUGUCAUCUCUGAAGACACUGAGACUCAGAAAACACACUUGUGGAUUUGGUAGACGGAGACACACCAGAGUCCUGCAUGAAGCCCAGCAUUGAUCUGAUCUCUCUGGACGACUCACACACACCAUCACUGAUCUGAACAUCUGCUGUGUGUGUGUGUGUGUGUGUGUGUGUGUGUGUGUGUGUAUUAUUAGAGUUUGUGUUGUGAUGGUGUAUCAGUGUGAGGGAAUAGAGCGAUAAUCAAAUCUAAAAUAUCAAUAAUGACAAACACACAGUGUUCAGACUCUGAGUUACCUGAGAGUCACACACAUGGGGGAGGAGUUUGUGUAUAAGUGGGAGGGGUUUGUGUAUAAGGGGGUGUGUCUCACUGUUUUGGCUGUAAAUACACAAAUGUGAGACUAAAUGAAAGAAGUAUUUUAAUUCCAGAGAGUGAGUUAUUAAUGUCUGAAGUGAGAGGAGUGAUGUUAAAGUGUAGCGGCUAAGAGUUUAUCCUUCAGUUUAUCCUUCACAGGGUGACACGUUUUCUCUACAGCACAGAGCACCUAAUUAACAUCAAUUAACAAUGUCAUCAAUUAACAACGUCAUCAAUUAACAAUGUCAUCAGUGAUUUCUGUCAGAUUUAUUUCAGUACUCACCGUCGUCUUAUUCUUACAUCAUCAUCAUGUGGAAUGAAAUGUGGGCGGAGUCGAAUACGUACAUAAAAUACAAACAAAACAGCUUAUGCAGCGCUAAUGUUAACGUUAGAGUCUCAGGCUUUUGUAGUAAUAAAUAAAUAUAAAAUCCAGUUGAUAAAAUAGCUCCGCCCACAAUCACAACAGGUGAAUAAUCUCACUGCAUGUUUAUUUUUUAUAAAGCCUUUUUAUAAAGCUUUAAAAAAAAAAAAUUCUUUAUAUUAAGGUGUGAUUUUAUUAUUAUGAGCAAAUAAAAAAUGUGGAUAAGUUUCUUCUCUCUCUUCAGCAGAGUUUCCUUUUCACUAAUACACUAAUAUUCCUGACUGACAAUAAUCUUUUAUAGAUAUUUAUUUAUUUUUCUGCAGAUAUUAGUGUAUGUAAAGUAUGACGAGAGAGAGAGAGAGAGAGAGAGAGAGAAUGAGAAAAAGAGAGAAACCUGUGAAAGAAUAAAGCUUUGUAGCAUAACAUUAGAACAUGAUUAAUUAAUUGAUGCAAAUAAUAAUAAUAAUAAUAAUAAUAAUAAUAAUAGCUCUGUCAGGUCUGAGUUUCUCAUCUAUAACAAGCUCCUAGCUAAUAAACUAGCAUUCUACAUGAGUGUAAAGCUAAUAAUGUGGAACAUUUCUGAUUUCUCUCUUCAUUUUUGUUCAUGAUAAAAAAAAAAAACAUGAUGAAAUAAACUUU